CUUCGUUUGAAGAUCCACGUCUCUACGCGUCCCAAUGAAGGUCAAAAGUAAUAAGCCUCUUACGGCUUCAAUUUGUAGGAAAAAAUGUUCGAAAUUAAAAAGGCGUGAUAAAACUGAGCGACUUAAGAAAUUGCUCCAAUCCAAGGCAGAACUUUCUAAGAAUCAGAAUGAAACCAUCCAUACUAAGUCACAUGAUGCGUCUGACUCUAUAUCAGUGGAUGAAUUGGGAAUUUCUCUGAAUUCAUCAGGUCCACGUGAUCAACUACUGGAAACGGCUGUAAGUAGAAAUGAGCUUAAUGAAGAACUCAAUUUGGACUAUGCAAUGACAAAGAAUUCUUCUGGGCAUAUUAAAUUGGUAGAUUCAAAGUGCACUGAAAAGCUAACAAAGUCCCAAAGAAAACGACAUAAAAAGCAAGAAAUGUUGAAACUGAGGAAAGCUGCCAAAGCAUCCGUUCCUAAGCCAGAACCAAAGGAACCCCGUACUUCAUCAAGUGUCGUACUUCCAGAACGUAAAGCUUAUGUAUCAUCUUUGGAUACAGAUGAAAAACUCUUAGAUGCUAUUCGGAAUCGAUUAGUUGAAAUGUACCAACACACUCUAACUAUACGUCCGUUGCCAAGAAAUUGUCCUGUAAGUCUGAUCAAGGAUCUUUUCCCGUCAUCAGUCAAUGUUCGUAUCCCGCAAAAAUGCAAUUCUCGAUUUGGUUUUGUGAAAUUUCGAAAUCACGAUGAACUGGUUGCAGCUCAAAAAUCUGUUUCUGGUAAACUACUGAACGGUAAACAAAUUAAAAUUGAAAUUUGCUCACUAAACGGACCUGAUAAUGUUGAUAAAAGUAAAUGGACUGAACCCCUACAAAGAAAAUUGUCAGAUUUCGAUAUGCGUUCUCUUCAUGUCCUUCAUUUACCUCGGGCGACGACUCGUUUUGACUUGGCUCAAGUAUUUCCGAAAGCUGUAGGUAUUCGUAUGCCAACAUAUGAUGAUGGAUCAUGUCGAGGGUACUGCACUCUAACCUACCACUCACGUCAUAUUGCAUUAAAAGAUUUUGAAUUAAGACACGGAACAUUUAUUCACGGAGAAUCUAUCUAUGUUAUGUUCCUACUUAAAAAUCUAAAGAAAAUCUCAAUGAGAAAUGCAAAACGUCAUACCUCUGAUAUUUACCAGAUGGAUGUAGACAGUACUUCAGUACCUCAUGAAGAAAAAUGUGCCAAGGCAAUAGUUGAUCAUCCCAUACCUAUGUCUAUUGAUUCAUUCGAUCCUGACUUUAAAAUUGCUAAAUCACCAGCAACAUCUGGUAAACCAGUGAAAAAGAAGUCCAAAGUUGCAACAGUUCAGCGUGACAUUCCAGAUCCUCUAAUAAAUAAAAAAUACCAGUUGAAGGAAAAGAGUGUCAAGCGAAAGUCAUCAUCUACCAGUAUCUUUGAUUCUUUAUUUCAGUCUUCAACUGGAGCAAAUGACAAGAAGCAAAAGAAAAAGACCAAGUCUAAUAUAAGAAAUGGCAGAAAGUUCAAAAAAUAACAUUUGAAGAAAGUUUUUGUAGUAAAUUAUUGACAGAACUAAAGGCUAUGUAAUUUGGGCUCUACUUAUCCUGUCCAUCUACAUUCCUUUUAUGAAUAUAAUUAUUAUUUUGAUAGAAUUUUUCUUAAUAAUUGAUCUAAGUUUGGGUUAAGCUGUAUAUUAUCACUUAGUCCUUGCACAUAUUCAUUGUCUUUUAAUCUGUUUAGUAAUUUACUAAUUAAAGAUUUUAC